AUGAAAGUGCAUAAGGUGACAUUCUUAGCAUCAGGAAUAAGCGGUGUAUCGUUGAUAGCAUGUUUGCUUGCUAUUCUAAUGAUUUACAACGAUGUACAAAAGACAUGGAUUCAUUUGGAUUCAGAAAUCAGUACAUUCAGGGUAACAACAGAUAAUUUAUGGAAAGAUAUAAUGCAGCUUGCCCGGAAAAAGCGAUUUCGACGACAGUAUAAUGAAGCGAAUAAAUAUGAUGGCGAUGGCAGAAAUAAUUCAACAACAAUUUUGUUUCAACCUGAAACGACAACAACUAAAAUCGAUAAGAGUAUACGUUCCGAGCAGUACGAAAGUUUGAAGACUGAAGUUGCAAGUGCCUCGAGUCCAACGCCUUCCAUUUCUGAGCAAUCAAAUUUGUUUGAUCCAUUCAAGAACAAUGAUGGCAAAUAAUGCCGUAUCGAUAAUGACUGUCCAGCAGGUCCGCCGGGUCCCAAAGGACCACCAGGCAAUAAAGGAGAAGAUGGACUACCAGGUGAGGAUGGUAAGCUGGGUGUUGAUGGGAUGGAUGUUGAACAAAUCCAAACUACCACAGGUUGCUUCAGAUGUCCAGUGGGCCCUCAAGGUGCACCAGGAGCUUUGGGACGUCCCGGACCACGUGGAUUGAGUGGAAACAGAGGUCGAGCUGGUUUGCCAGGACGAGAUGGGAAUCCUGGUUUACCUGGAGAGCCUGGACCACCAGGACCCCGCGGUGCUGACGGCUCACCAGGACCACUCGGUGUGAAAGGUAGAAAUGCAGAGCAUUCAAUAGGUCGGCCUGGCUUAAAAGGUAAGCCGGGAGUGCCAGGGCCAAGAGGACCACCUGGAAUUAAUGGCCGUAACGCUGCGCCCGGUGUCACUGGUCCUCCAGGACCACCUGGAAAUCCUGGACCUCAAGGGCCACAGGGAACUGAUGGACCAACCGGUGAAGUUGGACCCCCCGGACCGCCAGGAAAAGAUGCUGAAGUAAGUAUUCUAAUAUUCGUUGUCAAUUUUCAAUUUUGUGUUUUGGAACGAGAUUUCGAAUCACAUCCAAUGCGUCUCGGUUACAAACCUACACAUUUCAAUGAAGACUAA